AUGAUUGCCAAUGAAGAUUUGGUUGUUCAUACGACGAAUGACUACUACUGCAGUGGGAGAAGAGCUACUGUGAAUGGGAAUUUUUGUGAAAGAAAACCGUUAAAGAUGGUUUCUGCAGGAUCAUGUUAUCUCCCUAAAGAUAACCCGUCGAAGCCCCGAGGAGAAGACGCUCACUUCCUCUGGCUAAAGAAGAACACGAUGGGUGUCGCGGAUGGUGUUGGUGGUUGGGCUAAGAAGGGAAUCGAUGCCGGCGAGUACGCGAGAGAACUGAUGAGGAAUUCUCUAACUGCAGUCCUCAAUGAACCUCAAGGAGCCGUUGAUCCAAAAAGAGUGUUGAAUUCAGCUUUCUUGAACACCAAGGAACGGGGAUCGUCUACUGCUUGCAUUCUAACCCUCCGCGACGAUAAUCAUCUGCAUUGUGCGAAUGUGGGAGAUAGCGGGUUCAUGGUUUUCAGAGACAAGAAGCUCGUGUACAAGUCAGAGGCUCAACAGAGGGGUUUCAAUUUUCCGUUUCAGUUGGGGAAUAGUGAAGGGUCUGACAAACCCAGUUGUGCUAAAGAGAUUAAAGUCGCUGUGAAGGCCGGAGAUAUUGUCGUUGUUGGCACAGAUGGGUUGUUUGACAACAUGUAUGAAAGUGAGAUUGAAGAGCUUUUGCAGAAAGGAAAGGCUUCGUCGACCGAAGAUUUGGCGAUUCUGAUUGCAGAGUAUGCUCUGUACAACUCCUUUGAUAGGUUUGCUUUAAGCCCGUUUGCAAAGGCAUCAAGAAAGGCUGGGUUCCAACACAAAGGUGGCAAGAUUGAUGAUAUCACAGUUCUUGUUAGCAUUAUGAAGCCAUUAAACACUACUUAG